AUGAAACCUUCGUUCUUCCUCUUCGCGACCUCGAGCUUUCCGUUCCAAGCUUGGCCUCGCUCCAGCGAUUGCGAGGUGAGGAGAUUCCUUGCGUCGCUCAAGGAAUGCUCUCGAUCCCGGGGUAAGAAAAUCCACGCCGAGGCGGAGCGCUGCGGCCUCGAUUCCAAUGCGUUCGUGACGAGCAACCUGGUGAAUCUCUAUGGCAAGUGCGGCAGCAUGGACGAGGUGCGCAGGGCUUUCGACCGGAUGGAUUGCCCCGACCCCGUCGCGUGGAAUUCUCUCAUUCUGGGCUAUGCCGAGAAUGGGCAUGGCGGGGUUGCGCUCCAGCUCUUCCUGGACAUGGAAUCGCGAGGCUUGCAAGGGAGUUCUGUCACGUUUAUUGGAUUGCUCAAGGCCUGCGCGAGCCUCGCAGGGAAGGAACAUGGGAAGGUUUUUCAAGAUCUAGAGCUCGUCGUGAAGUUUUCUUCUGUCGAGAGAGGAAUGGCUCUUCACUCCCUGGCCGCUGCAAGGGGAAUCGACACAAACGUUUUGGUAGCUAGCAGCCUGGUGGAAUGUAUGCUCGGUGUGGAAGCGUGGUGGAUGCGUGGAAGACGUGUGGACGCUCGUUUGGGCUCUCAAAGCUCGGUAGCCUUGAGGCUUGGCCGGAUACUUCAUGAAGAGAUCACGAGCUUGGGGUUCCAGUUCCAAGUUCCAGGGAGCUGUGAUCUCUUCGUUGGUUGGUUGAUUUCUAUAGCAGCUAUGGAAAGUGGAGCUGGUGUUUUACACAUAGUUAGUGGUGGCGUAAUUGAGUUUGUUAACGUGCUUUUCUGUGAGUUGGAGCUCACUUAUCGCAGGCUACAGCCACCAAGGAGACAGCAAUCAAGUGAUGUGACGAGGGCACAGCAGCUCGAGGAAGCUGUGGAGAUGGUGGAAGCUAUGCCAUUUGAAGCCACAAUGGUCACUUGGACGAGUUUGCUGGGUGCUUGCUCCAAGUGGAAGGAUGAGAGAGUGGAGAAGAUUGCUUGUGACAACAUCCUCUCUCUCCUGUGA